AGACAUCCAUGGCCGGAAGCCACUGCACAAACUAGCAGUACCCCAUUUUUAUUUUUAUUUUUUUUUCUUAUAUUUUAAUUUUUGUUGCCUUUUUUUUUAAGACAUUAGAAAAGUUUUUGAAUUGAUUUUUGUUUAAAGCGAAGGUUGAACAGUAAAUCCAGGCGAAGAUUGCUCCCUUCCAUGAUCCCAUAUAGUUAUCUUAACACAUUCAUUUCACAUUCCUUUCCUUUCCUCUCCUUUCUUUCUUCACGUUUCUCGUCAAAGUCUGUGUGUUUCUUUCGAUUUAAAAUGUUUUUUAAAUUUAAUUUAUUUUUUUUACUAUAAUUCUUCUCUUUCUCUCUUUUGAAACAAAGGGUAUUGGGUUCCAUGUCUUGUAUCCUUGUUGUUAAAGAGAGAGAAGAAAUAGAGGGUUGCAUGUGUUGUGGUCUAAAGGAAGAAGAGACUUCCAUGUUUCUGACAUAAUAGAGAAACAGAGAUCACAGAGAGCAGAAGAUGUUGCAAAGAGCUGCCAGCAAUGCUUAUUCAUGGUGGUGGGCAAGCCACAUCAGAACCAAGCAAUCAAAAUGGAUGGAUCAAAACCUUCAAGAUAUGGAAGAGAAGGUUCAGGCAAUGCUCAAACUCAUUGAAGAGGAUGGGGACUCCUUUGCGAGAAGGGCAGAAAUGUACUACAAAAGGAGGCCAGAGCUGAUUCAUUUUGUUGAAGAAUCUUACAGAGCAUACCGGGCCUUGGCUGAAAGGUAUGAUCACAUAUCGAAAGAGCUACAAAAUGCCAACAAUACCAUUGCUUCUGUUUGCCCAGAACAAGUUCAGUUUGCAAUGGAAGCUGAAGAAGCUUAUGCCAGAUCUAGAUUCUCAAAGAAGACUCCACAAGUCUCGAAAGAGAAUAUCCCAAAGGUUCCCAAAGAUGUAAAGAGUACCUUCACCCCAGCUACGAAUAAAUUACAAUCCAAGAAGUCUGUGAAAAAAAGUUCUGCUAUAGUUGCUAAAUCUGGUUUGAGCAAAUCUGAGGGACUGAAAGAGAUUGACAGGCAGCAGAAAGAAAUUCUAGCUUUACAAACUGAGAAAGAGUUUGUUAAGAGCUCUUAUGAAAGUGGGCUAGAAAAGUAUUGGGAAAUUGAUGAGAAAAUCCAGGAAAUGCAUGAUAAGGUUUGUGCUUUGCAAAAUGAAUUUGGUGCAGGCACAGUCAUUGAAGAUGAUGAGGCUCGGGAAUUGAUGGCCUCAGCAGCCUUGAAAUCAUGCCAUGAGACAUUGGCUAAGUUAGAGGAGAAGCAAGAGAAAUCUGCAGAAGAAGCAGUAAUUGAGAGCAAUCGGAUUAGUGAUGCCCGGGAGAAGUUGAAGUCUCUCAAAGAUGAAUUUCUACAUGGUGAGGUCAAUCAGGAAAAGCCAAAAGCCAAAGAUCAAUUUACGAAAGCAGUCAGAGAGUUGAAAAGCUCAGACAAAGAACCAAGCACUGUCACACAAGAGAGAAAGGACUUGGAGCUGUUACGCUUAAAAAUUAAGGAACACUUAGUGUUGGAACCCAAUGCAUCUCUCACUGUGACUGAACUUGCAGAACAGAUUGAUGAGCUCGUGAACAAGGUGAUUAGCUUAGAAGCAGCAGUUUCAUUGCAGACAGCACUCAUACAAAGGUUGAGAAUAGAGACAGAUGAGCUUCAAGCACAAAUUGGAAUAUUGGCGGAUGACAAGGCAACACUGAUCAAUGAGAAAAAUGAUUUAAAGGGGAAGCUGACAGAAAUGGAGGAAAAGUUGCUCGGGCUUCAGGAAUUAAACAGAAAUGUUCAAGACCAGAAUAAUAAUCUUCAAACACAUUUCACUGAAGCACAUUGUAAUCUUGAUCACAUUUCGGAGAAAGUGCAUGAUGUGAAGCCAGAUAAUGAGCUCCAGGCCACACCACAGACUGAGAAGAGAUCUCCAGUUGAAGUUGAAUUGCAACAAGAGGUCAAAAGACAAGGAGGCGCACAGAAUUCUAAUGAUGGUCGCCAUGAACUGCAGAAAAUAAAGUCAGAAGAGAAGAGCAAGGCUUUGUCUAAAGAUGAUCUGCAUGAACCAGAGAAAUUGAACUCACAAGAUGAGCCCAAGGUUUCGGGUAAACCACAAGUCAGAAGACAAGAAGUUGAUGUGGAUCUUGAUGACAGUCCUAACAUAUCACAUGAAGAGGUCAAAAGAAAAGAAGGUGCACUUAACGCAAAUGAUGAACUCCAUGAACCACACAAAUCGAACUUAGAAGAGGAGCAAAAGGUUUCAGGUAAAGAUAAACCACAAAAAGAACUCGGCAGACAAACCGUUGCACUGAAUCUUGAUGACAGUCCUAAUGAAUCACAUCAAGAGGUCAAAAUACAAGAAGAUGCAGGUGCACCGAAUGCUAAUGAUGACCUCCGUGAACCACAGAAAUCAAACUUAGAAGAAGAGCAAAAGGUUUCAGGUAAAGAUAAACCACAAAAAGCACUCGGCAGACAAACCGUUGCACUGAAUCUUGAUGACAGUCCUAAUGAAUCACAUCAAGAGGUCAAAAUACAAGAAGAUGCAGGUGCACCGAAUGCUAAUGAUGACCUCCAUGAACCACAGAAAUCGAACUUAGAAGAAGAGCAAAAGGUUUCAGGUAAAGAUAAACCACAAAAAGAACUUGGAAGACAAACAGUUGCACUGAAUCUUGAUGACAGUCCUAAUGAAUCACAUCAAGAGGUCAAAAUACAAGAAGAUGCAGUUGCACUGAAUGCUAAUGAUGACCUCCAUGAACCACAGAACUUGAACUCGGAAGAGGAGCAGAAGGCUUCAGGUAAAGGUAAACUACAAAAAAAGUUCAGUAGACAAGCAGUUUCACUGAAUAUUGAUGACAGUCCUAAUGAAUCCCAUCAAGAGGUCAAAAGAGAAGAAGGUCCAGGUGCACUAAAUGCUAAUGAUGACCACCAUGAACCACAAAACUUGAACUCAGAAGAGGAGCAGAAGGUUUCAGCUAAUCCACAAAAAAAACUCAAAAGACAAGCAGUUGCACUGAAUCUUGAUGACAGUCCUAACGAAUCCCAUCAAGAGGUCAAAAGAGAACAAGGUGCAGGUGCACUAAAUGCUAAUAAUGACCUCCAUGAACCACAGAACUUGAACUUAGAAGAGGAGCAGAAGGUUUCAGCUAAACCACAAAAAAAACUCAGAAGACAAGCAGUUUCACCGAAUCUUGAUAACAGUCCUAAUGAAUCACAUCAGGAGGUCAAACGACAAGAAGGUGCAGGUGCAAUGAAUGCUAAUGAUGACCUCCAUGAACUACAGAACUUGAACUCAGAAGAGGAACAGAAUAUUUCAGAUAAACCACAAAAAAAACUCAGAAGAAAAGUAGUUGCACUGAAUCCUGAUGACAUUCCUAAGGAAUCACAGAAUGUGGAACCAAAAGAGGAACUCAAGGUUCCAGCCUCUUUGCAGAAAGAGAAGAAAGUUUCUGCUGAAGUCAAUGCACAGGCAGAGUUAGAAGAUCGAGAAGAAAAAGAAGAGCACAGGACUCCAGAAUCUAUGCGGAAAGAGAAGGAAUUUUAUGCUGAAGUCAAUUUGCAGGUUGAGUUUAAAGGGCAAGAAGAAAAACUUAAUCCUGAGGAUCUCAAGGAUUCAGGAAGAUCACAUGAAGAAUACAGAGGACAAGGAAGUGUACUGAGUCCUCGUGGCAGUCUUGAUGAACCACAGAAUGUGAAGCCAUAUGGGGAGAUUGAGGUUUCAGUCUCUUCACAGAAAGAAAAAACUACAGAUGAGAAAGAGAUAAAAGAACAUCUCAGCAACUCCAAAAAGAAUCUUGGAGAAGAAGCAAGCCUACCACAGAAAAGUAAUGAACCUGAUGCCCCUGUGAAGAAAUCUCAUGACACGAACUUGGGGGAAAAUUUUGACAGGCAAGAUUCACGUAAGGCUGUGGACAAUCUCCAUGUUGAAACACAGAAACAGACAACAGGGCAAGAUGAUGAGCCAGACUGGAAGGAUUUGUUCAUGAAUGGUAUGAAUGAUAGAGAAAAAGUUUUGCUGAGUCAAUAUACUGCAAUUCUUCGAAACUGUAAAGAAAUGAAGAAAAGGCUUGGUGAAGUAGAUAAUAAAAGUGUGGAUGGCCUCUUUGAUACAGCGGCACUGUUACAAGAACUGAGGAGUGAUAAUGCAAAGAAGGACGAACAGAUUAAAAUCUUGCGUCAGAAGCUGAGCCUUCUCCAAACAGGCUUGAGUGAAAAUGAAUCUGAGAAAUCAACCUUGACAGAAUGUCCAACAAUAGAGAGAGAAGUAAUAUAUGACGUCAGGCUGAUUAUGGCAGAAGAGCCAGAAAUCUCCCCGAUUGAAAAAAAAUUCAGGAUGAGCAUUGAUGAACUGCUAGAGGAGAACUUAGAAUUCUGGUUCAGAUUCAGUUCUACGAUGUAUCAAAUUCAGAAAUUUGAGACUGAAAUCAAGGAUUUACAGUCUGAUACAUCGAAACUUGAGGAAAAAAAGCAGCAAGAUGGUAGCACCAAUGCAAAGUAUUCUUUGAAAUCCGAUGCCAAACCGCUAUACAAGCACCUUAGAGAAAUUCAUACUGAAUUAGGAGUCUGGUUAGAGAAAAGCGCCCUACUGAAAGAUGAACUGAAGAGCAGAUUCUCAUCCUUGUGUGACAUUCAAGAAGAAAUAACUGCUGCUCUGAAGGAGAGUGCUGAAGAUGAUGACUUCAAGUUUACGAGCUACCAAGCUGCAAAGUUCCAAGGUGAGAUUUUGAACAUGAAACAGGAGAACAACAAGGUGGCAGAUGAAUUGCAGGCUGGCUUGGAUCAUGUCACGACACUCCAGCUUGAAGUUGAAAGAGCUCUGGAAAAUUUGGAUGAGGAAUUCAAGCUUAGUGGAUCAAAGACUCGCCAAAAUUACCAACUGGAACAUUCAGACAGCCGAUCUGGAGUUCCUUUGCGGUCAUUUAUCUUUGGUACCAAACCAAAGAAACCAAAGCAUUCAAUCUUCUCCUACGUCCACCCUGUCCUGCAAAAGAAAUACAAUGGUUUGAAGACGGGUUAAUGUGUAAAUUGAUUGUUUGUAAUGAUUUAUUGCUUUAGUAUUUUUUUUAUCAUGUGUUCUUACUCUUUUCUCUUUUUCACUGGUAUUUUCAAGAGGUGAAGCAUUGCCUUUGAUUCUGACAGGGCAUGUUUUUACUUUGUAAUAUAGAUGUUUGUAGUUAAUGAAAACAGCAGGAACAUUUAAGAUUUUC